CGUUUUAAGCUGUCAGAAAAAAAAAAAUCGAAAUGAGAAAAAGACGAAACAGAGCAAGCACAAACGAAACCCUUCAGCACCACCUUCAUUUUCAAAUCCAUUGCCAAUUCAAUGAAACUAUUCAUUGAAUCCUGAUGAUAUAAUCGAGUGCUAAAAGUAAUCAAAAACAGCUGCAGCUUGGACAGUAAAACAACACUUGUUUGAUUGUCGCCUUGGCUUGCAUUGUUACUCCCAGCCUUCCCUCGUGAAUUGCUCAAUUAUAUGCUCCAGCAAUGGAUAAUAUGAAGAAAGAUGAAGCCCAAGAUCAGAAGCACGAUGAACUUGCUGAGUCACUCAAUGAUCUCUUCACUAGUGUUUCUACCAUGAUCAAAUCGGAGCUUCAGGGGACUAAUAAUCAACUAGAGCUGUUGGAGAAGAUGAAUUUGAGGGUAGCAGAAGAGUAUAAAGGGUUUGGUGAUUUGGCUUCUGGGUUAAGGGUGUUUGUGGAGCAAUUGAAAUGCAAGAGUGGUAGCUUUAAUGAGUAUGUUGAGCAGAUUGAUGCCAUAGAGAAGCAAGUGACUGAAUUUGAAGCUGUGGUCUCUAUGCUUGAUAAAUAUGUGAUUUUGUUGGAAUCCAGAGUCCAAUCUUUGUACCAUACAAAAAUCCAUCUUCCUAAUUAACAUAUAAUGUACAAAUGAGAAUAGUCCCCCCCCCCGCCCCAAAGCUCUACUACUAAUUUACUUAUUUUGCUCUCAACUUGUAUCAUUUUACUCUGGUUUAUAUAUACAGUUAAUUUAGUUCCUCAAA